AUGGCCACAUCAUCUACCAAUUCCCAGGAUUCCCGCCAGCUAGCACCCCUACGAGAUACCCGCGCUCAGUUGUUCGUUGGCAAUCUCCCGUAUCGAGUCCGUUGGCAGGACCUCAAGGAUCUUUUUCGUCGCGCAGGCACUGUCUUACGUGCUGACGUAUCACUAGGUCCUGAUAAUCGCUCACGAGGCUAUGGCACUGUCCUUCUAGCUACUGCGGAGGAUGCGGGAAGGGCAAUUGACAUGUUGAAUGGAUAUUGCUGGCAGACCAGAGUCCUGGAGGUGCGCCCCGACAGGCUUGGCGCAAGUGUCGAUGAAAUGGGUGCCAGCCUCGCAAUCAGAGGCGCAAAUGGCCACCCCUCAGGAUUUUCAUCUUCAGGCAAACUAUAUGAUGAAAACACGUUUGGACAGGAUGUUGUAGGUGGCACUGGAAUGAAAUCCCUCUUUGUGGGUAACCUUCCCUUCCAUAUCCAAUGGCAAGAUUUGAAGGAUUUAUUUCGUGCCGCUGGCGCUGUUGCUCGAGCAGAUGUUACCGUCGGGCCUGAUGGGCGCUCUCGCGGGUUCGGAACAGUCAGCUUCCUUACGGAAGACGGUGCCGAGCGCGCGCGUAGGAUGUUUGAUGGGUGCGUUGCUGCCUUCUUCAUGACGUACGAUGCGCCUUCCGGGUUUAUGUGCACAUCCCUCUCUUGUUCACAUUUUGACCAUAAAAUAUUUUCGCUGUGUAGUGGCACUACACUCGAUAGGAACCCUUCUAUGCUUUCGUGUUCUGUUAAUCAAUUCUGCCUCAUGUACUGA